UAACGGCUUCAAACCGAAAACAACAGGCAAGCGGUAAACGCGCGAAACGUCACCUAUAAAUUCUACAUUCUCCAUUCUCUGCAUUCGAUAUUCGCUUUCCCGUUGGAACCGUUGCAUUCGAACUGCAAACAAAGCGUGGGUGGCAAAACAAAUAAAACGGUCCACACAAAAGACACAACUAAAGCGAUUCGUUUACGGUUUUUAUUAUUUUUUGAGCGUGCGUGAUCGAAAGUGAGAAGAAAGUGCAGCAACAAUGGCGUUCAUGAUGCCGGUUAUGAAGAACAAUUAUGAUAUAUACAAGGACACGCGCUCCCGCAAGACCUCCGAGUGUUCCAAUGCGAGCAGUAACGGGACCACGGCCGUCGGCAGUGCCUUGGGCACACCGACAGCGACCACCGGUAACCAGCAGCAGCAGCAGCGACGCCGCAAGGUGUCCGAAUGCAAGUCCGAGAGUUUCGCCACCUCCCCCUCACACGGGCAGCUGGGUGGUGGUGGCGGCAGCGGUGGACACCGCAUGCAAAUGCCGCGAACGCAGAGUUCGCGUGCCUUCCCGCGCAACGCAUCGCGGAGCUCGAAUGGAUCCAUGAUGCUUAUUAUGUCGCCAACGCGGUCCAGCCCCCUCAGCCGUACGCAAACGGCCUCGGCCCUGGAGCGCCAGGCAGCGGCGACAGCUCAAAGUCAGAAUCAGAAUCAGCAGAGCCGCCAGCAGAGUAACGGUAAUGGUAGCGAUGUGAAUGCGUCAGCGACCGCCAGCAACGAUUAUACCAAAUUCCACUUGCGACUUGUUGACAAGUUGCGCAAAUCUUUCCGCAAGGACAACGGCAAGCGCUCUUGAGAGCGGGCCCAUCAGCAGCAGCAGCAGA